UAGAGUUCGUAGGUUAAGUAUUUCAAGUUCAAAUUAUGGCCUCAUCUCAAAAAUCAUCCAAAACCUUGAAAUUGAUAGUAUUUGACCUCGACUUCACAUUGUGGCCCUACUGGGCAGACUGCCAUAUCCAGAGUCCCUACAGAAUCGCCUCGAACGAGAAAAUAAUAGAUAGUGCCGGAAACAUUGUUGAGUGCUAUCCAGACGUUCCAGAAGUACUGGCAGACCUCCACAAAAAAGGUUACAUUCUUGGUGUUGCAUCCAGGUGCCCAGACAGAGAAGGAUGCAGGCAACUAUUGAAUCUCUUCGGUUUCAACAAGUAUCUGAAGUACAUAGAGAUACACGACUGCCACAAGUUCCAACACUUUGAGAAGAUUAAAAAAUCGUCUGGCGUGGAUUUUUCGGAAAUGAUGUUUUUUGACGAUGAUAAAAACAACAUACGUGACAUAAGUAGCAUGGGGGUGGUUUCAAUAUUGGUUCGGGAAGGAAUUACAAAGCAAGUUGUGGAUGAUGGUAUAAGGCAAUUUCAUAAAAGAUGUAGUGUCCAGUAAAGUGUUCUGUGCACAUUUUUAUAAAAUUAUAUACACAUACUUCAAAAAUCACGGCUAAAUUACAAAACGUAUAUUUCAACGAGUGCGCAAUUCCAUGAGAAGGAGGGCGGAAGCAUG